UGAUAGAAAACAAUGUUACACCCCAUGACAAGUUCAUAAAUAAAGACCAACCAACUAACUAACUUCUCUAUUUUCUUUUUGGUCCUUCAAAUGCAUUUUUGAUUCUUAUUGUAUUUUCAAAUUUAGUGUCAUUUUAUUGUUUAUAUCACAUUUCAAGAAAAUAUAAUCACUAAGGUGAUAAAGAGAAAAAUGUACAAGUUACAUAAGCAAAAUAAUAAGCAGGAAAAAUCAGGUGAAAGGGUUGAUUUCAGAUUUUCCAAUUUCCAAGUACUUCAGGUACCGAAAGGAUGGGACAGGCUAUCGUUGUCUGUAAUCUGUGUAGAAACUGGAAAGACAGUGGCGAAGCUAGGCAAAACGCUUGUGAAAAGCGGAAGCUGCCAGUGGCCAGAGACACUUUUGGAGUCCGUGUGGAUUUCACAAGAUGAUUCUUCUAUGGAACUCGAAGAAUCUCUCUACAAGUUUGUUGUUUCAAUGGGCUCUGCGAGAUCAGGCCUACUCGGAGAGGGAACAAUUAAUCUAGCAUCAUAUGUUGGUUCAAGAAUGUCUUCUCCUGUUUUGCUUCCUUUAAAGAAAUGCAAUCACGGAACAACACUACAGGUGAAAAUUCACUGCCUAACACCAAGGAGUAAAUUCAGAGAUGAACCAAAUUCUUCACAUUCUGGUAUGAAAGAGCAUGGUUUAGAUCACAAUGUUGACAGUAAAUCGAACGAGUCUGGCAACUUCUCCGCUGGGAGUGAUGUGCUUCCAUAUGAUCCCGGCUCGAACCCAGGUCCAAGCAAAUUUGAGAUCAAGGAUAAAAGUUUCUCGGCAUCCGGAUCAAAUGACAGCUUUAGCUCAGCUGAGAGUUUUACGCGAAAAGAAAAGCUUCCCUCCAGAAAUCACUUAAAGAAUGGAGGAUCGAAACAAGUUAGAGCAAGUCCUGACCAUACUUCACCUCAGAAUGAUCAGUUCAUCGAUGAUCAAACUGUUUCAAAUCAAUCAUCAUACAAUACGAAAGCCAGAAAAGAUUUCACAGCGUCUUCUGUGACGAAUUCAGGCUCUUCGAGAAACCUUCUGGAGGCUGCAGAAGAUACGAUUGAAGAACUCCGAAUAGAAGCCAAGAUGUGGGAGAGAAAUGCUCGGAAGCUUAUGCUCGAUUUGGACAUACUGAGAGAGGAAUUCACGUCUCAGUCGAAAAAGCAAGCAGACUUGGUGAUGGAUCUCUCAGCUGCCUAUUCGGAGCAAGGUACCUUGAAAAGAGAGAUCGAGAAUCUCAAACUAAUGUUGGAGAAGUCAACAGAAAAACGCGAUAUGGGAGAGGAUUCGAUAUUUCAACCGAGAGGUCAGAAGGAGGAACUGGAAAAUGAAAUAAGACAUCAGCAGGAGUUGAAUGCUAGCUUAGCGUUACAACUGAAAGGAAGUCAAGAAUCAAACAUCGAGCUACUCUCGCUUCUUCAGGAGCUGGAAGAAACUAUCGAACAGCAGAAAGUGGAAAUAGAGAAAUUUUCAUCUCUGCAUCUGAGGUUAGCUGACACGGCAGAAGAUUCACGAGAACAGGAUGAAUCUGAAGAGUCAUUGCAAAGAAGUGUUCAAUCUCUCAAAAAGUCGUUACAAGACAAAAAUCAUGAGCUUGAGAGUGAACGGAGAAUGAACAGACAGACGGAGAAUGGACACUCCGAGAAAGCUAGCACUGAGCUAGUAAGAGAGAUUGAAGCAUUACGAGAGAAAGUACAAGAGCUCGAGAGGGAUUGUGCUGAGCUUACUGAGGAAAACCUGGACCUUCUCAUCAAGUUUAAGGAGUCCGGUAGUGAACGCACACGGACACCUGUGGAAAAAGUUGGUGAAAUUGAAAACUCCGAAAAGUCCAUUGAAUUAGUGAAGCAACUUGAAGUAGCUUUCCACCAUCUAAAGAGACCGUGGAGUCAACUUUCUUCCAGCGUUAGUGAUCAGUGCAAACAUCACCUGGAAAACUUGGCAAUUUUGAGCGAGGACGUUGCAAUAUCUUCAAAACUAUUGACAACCGACUGUGUCCUUACGAAUCUGUAUGACCUGAACAAUCUCUUAGAAACAAGAUUUGUUGAAUGCGAGGAAUGUCUUAAACAGCACGAACAGGAGAUCCAGGAGAGGAAUAGAAAGCUCGAAGCUUACAGUCUUGAGGUUCAAGCACAUGAGAGCUCAAAGGAAGAACAACAAAUUCAAUGUUCCGGUCAUCUAAAAGAGUUAGAUCAAAAAGAUAAGCUACAGGCUGAGUUACAAAGACAUGAAGAGGAGAAAAGCCGCCUUUUGGAGCAUCAAAGAGAACUAGAAAGUAAAGUAGCUGGUCUUCAAAUGGAAAGGGAUCAGGUGGAAGAAAACAUGAAAAUCAUCUCGAGAGAAAGUGCCAUCACCUCUAGUUGCUUGGAUGCCCGGGUUUCUGAGAACAAGCUUCUGGAAAGCAAACUAGCUCAGCUCGAAAGUGAGAAACAUACAUUGGAGGAUCGGUUAGUAGGAUUGACUGAGAAGAACGAAAAUAUGGAAGCAAAAAUUAGGCUCAUGACUGUUGAGGAAGAAUCUCGUCAAUCAGAAUUGGAAGAAUCCAGGACUAUCAUAAUGAAUCUUCAAGAAGAAAUGGGGAAGUUGGAUAGUGAGACGAAAACAAGCAUUGCUGAUCUCAAAGAAGAAUUAAAAGACAUGCAGAUCCUAUGGUCACAAGCUCGAGAAGAAUGUGCACGACUCAUGAACGAGAAUGAAAAGUUGCAAGAAUCUUUGCGGAAUCUACUUGAAAGAAAGAACGUGGAACAGUAUGAGCUUCGUGUGCAGCUAGAAGCUCAACUGCAUGAAUCACAGAAAAGCUUGUCUAAUAGCUUGAUAAAGGUUAAAGCUCUAGAAGAAAAUCUCAAUUCAAUGUGGAAAGAUUUUUCAUUGAAAGAGGAGAGGAUGAAUGCGGAACUAAACGAACUCAUUCAAGAGAACAAGAACGAAAUUGAGAAACUCGAGCAACAAGAAAGUUUGUCUAACCAAAAAUAUUCAGAGAAGAUGAUGGAAGUUGAGAGACUCGAGAAAGAGGUUGAACAACUAAUGAAGCAAAUUUCUGAAAUGGAUGAGGAAAGGAGAUUAGCUUCUGACGCUGCUUCUGAAGUUUCCAGUUUACGUGCUGAUAAAGAAAAGCUAGUAUCUGUACUUGAAGACGUUCAAUCAAAAUUUACAUCGACUGAGAAGGAGCUUGCUGCUUCAAGACAAAGUUAUGAGAAGCUGAUGGUUGAUCAUGCAAAGAUUUUGAAACUUUUACCAAAUUAUAGGGCAAAGGAGGAAAAGCUUAAGACGAGCAUUAAUGACCUUGAGUUGCAGCUCACUCUUUCACGCUAUGAACAUCAAAAGCUUUAUGAAGAAAGUGCUAAUCUGAAAUUUCAGUUGCAGAAAACAAAGGAGCUAAAGGAUGAAGUGUUCAAUCUGAAGAGCAAACUCACAAAGUGCAUGUCCGAAAAGGAAAAGUUAGAAGCAUCAAUGGAGAAAAUAUCCGGAGAUUGUGAAGAAAUGAAGGCUGAGAAGGCCUCGUUUGCUGGUAAGAUGUCCGACUUACAGAAAGUCUUGUCGGAUCUGGAGAACAGCAAUCGAAAGAAAACUUUCUUGGAAGAAAAAGUCGAGCAAAUGGAAAGUGAGUUAGCUGAAAAGGAGAGAUUCCGUGCACAAGUAGCUGAUUUGAAAAAUGAGCUUAGUGAAACUAAGAGAGACAACGAGCAAUAUCGGCAGAAAAUAUACAAGAUGGAAGAGGAGAAGGAUAACUUGUUGAGGAAAGUUCAAGCACUUGAAGCAGAAGUGAAAAUGAUGGAGGAAGAGAAAAAAUUAUACGCCAAAAAGUUUGAACAGAAUGAUACUCCAAAGAGCAUCAGUAAGUACACUAACUUCAAUAGAGCACCUCAAAAGCAAGAACUUCGGGUGGAUCGACUUCAUUCAGAGGGUGAAAACGGUUCCUCCGAUGGAAUUGUCUCUUCUGUUGAAGCGGAUUACUUGGCUAGAAUACGGUUGCUUGAGAACAAGCUAGCUGAAGCAUUAGAGUCAAAUAAGAAGUACAAAAUUCAGCUUCAAAGGUUCAAGACCGAGGAGCGUAGAGGGAAUUCACCGACCUCUAAGAAGCUAGACGCGGACAGUGAAAUGGUGAAAAGGUUCGAACAAACAAAGUCUUUACUAGAGGCAGAACUAAAAGACCUUCGCGAGCGAUACUUUCAAAUGAGUCUCAAGUAUGCUGAAGUAGAAGCACAGAGGGAAGAUCUUGUUAUGAAACUAAAGGCAGUUAAGAGUGGAAAGAGGUGGUUCUCUUGAAUAUCGUUAGCAUUCUUGUGGCGCUUUUGUCCUAACAUCUUUACGUAGCACAAUCUAUGUUGCUCGGACUCUUUAAAAAGCCUCAGGUGCGUGUCAGAUCAUCCAAAAGUACUACAUUGUUCGAGGAUCUAACACAGGUGCGGCAACAUUUUUGCAGAGUACGAGCGAUAUAGUCUAGCUUAGCACAUACAUUACCAUUGUAAUUUAUUGUCAGAAUAACUUAAUCAAGAUACAGGCAAUAAAGAAUCAGAUGAGAAAGGAUACUUUGAGAAAGAUUUGACCUAUAUACACUGUAUAAUUUUCGAAAAAGGGUGUUGAAUCGACCACUCUUUGAUAUACGUAGCAACGCCCCUAAUGUGGCGUUGUCGCGAAGUUAGGAAUUUCGCUGAGAGUGUUCAAGUUGUUCAAGAUUUAAUACAAGUUUCAUAUUUCCCUUUGAAAUUACACCUCCUUUCUACUCUCCACUGAAAAAAAGAUGGUCCGGUGCACUAAAGUCCUUG